AUGGCUGAAAUAUCAGCAUACCAGAUACCAGAUGCCGAGAAACCAUCACCAGCCAAGAAGCAGCAGCAAAAUAAUGCAGCUCUGUCGCCAAAAAAUGCACCAAAGCACACCGCAAAGCAUAAUGGUGAAAUCAAGGAUAACGGUGCCAAACAAAAUGGCGUCGCCAAAAGUCCAAAAGCAGUGCAGAAAAUGGCGAUGGCUAGUCCCAAAAAAUCGGAUGACAACGCUUCUGAUGAUUAUAGCGGCGGCAGAAAUGAUGACGAAGGCAGCGACGAUGAUAGCAAUGAUUGUGGCGACAUUACUGUCGAUCUUACGAACAGUGUUGGCGAUAGCAACGACACAAUCAACGAUGACGAUGGCGACGACGACGACAUCGACUACGACGACAUCGACUACGACGACGACGACGACGAAGUCGAGUCACCAGCUGUUGCACCACCAAAAGCCGGACGUCGCUCCCAGGAUGCCAACAACAAUGUGGAGAAACCCGCGCUGACUGCGGUGGUCAAGCCCAAGGAGACGCUCCUCGGACGUCGCCAGCACGAUGAGGGAGAAGCCACCAAAGCAGCUGAAACUGGAAACUCGCAACCCAAGCAGCGUCGCGUUGGACACCUGGAUAAACCCGCCUGUCACGAGGUGCAUUUGCAAGACAGCGUGGAGGAAGGCAAACGUGCGCUCAGCUGGCUGAUGAAUCCCAUCGAGCCGCAGAAGUUCUUCCAAGGGUAUUGGGAGCAGAAUCCGUGUCGGGUGGUAGGACGCAAGGCUAAUUACUUCUCGCAUUUGAUGUCCUUUCCCAUGAUCGAGGAGAUGCUACUGAAGAAUCAUUUGGAGUUCACCACAAACAUCGAUAUCACCAGCUAUAAGAAUGGCAAACGCGAGACCCACAAUCCUGAUGGACGCGCCAUGCCGCUCACCGUUUGGAGCUAUUACUCAAACGGUUAUAGUGUCCGCUUUUUGAAUCCCAGCACUUAUCUGGAGAAAUUGCGUGCGUUGUGUACCCGACUCCAGGAGUUCUUCUAUUGUCUGGUGGGUGCGAAUGCGUAUUUGACGCCACCGAAUAGUCAGGGAUGUGCACCGCAUUACGAUGACAUCGAAACGUUCGUCCUGCAGGUGGAGGGACGCAAACGUUGGCGUCUCUACAUGCCACCGUGUCCCAGCGAUAUCUUGGCACGCGUCUCCUCGGGCAAUUACAGCCAAAAGGACUUGGGAACACCGACACUCGAUGUGGUCCUCGAACCCGGUGAUAUUCUCUACUUCCCCAGGGGCACCGUUCAUCAGGCGGUGACCGAGGAACAACAGCAUUCGCUGCACAUAACGCUGAGCGUCUAUCAGCAAUCGUAUGCGAAUCUGGUCGAGAAAUUGAUGCCGUCUGUCAUGGAGCGUGCCAUUCGUCAGCAUUUGAAUUUGCAUCGCGGUCUCCCGCUCGAAACGUGGCGUCACUUGGGAUUUGCCGCUCGUUGUCAAAUGUCCGAGGAGCGUGACAAAUUGCUCGGUGACAUCACGAAGCUGGUGCAAACUUAUUUGCUGCCCAGUGCCGAACAAAUCGAUGCGGCUGUCGAUCAGUUGGCCAAGCGAUUUCAACACGAGGCUUUGCCGCCAAUUGUCCAGGAGGAGGAAAAGGCACGAACCGUCUUUGGUUCGGUCAGCGAGAUCGAUAAACAGGGCAAUCGUCAGCCCGAUUACAAUCUAACUGGGAGCACCGAAGUGCGUCUGUUGCGUGCCAACAUUUUGCGUCUGAUUGAAGAGGGAACGGUUUUCCGUAUCUAUUACUAUCUGGAUAAUGCGCUCGAGUAUUGCAAGUUUGAUGCCAGCUAUAUGGAAAUCCAGCCCGUGGAGGCGACGGCUGUGGAAGCUCUGAUCAAGGCAUAUCCGAAGUAUACGUCGGUCAAGGAGCUGCUGCUGUGCCCUCAGGAUCGUCGCAUUGAGUUGGCCACCGCACUCUGGGAGCGUGGACUGCUCAUGACCAAAGAGCCCUUCAAGUAAAAAUAAAAAUUACUAUAUUUUUCUAUCCUUUCAUAUUAAAGUCAAUUUAAUGGAAGUGAAACGAUUUCAAUUAUAUAAAAGCUAAUGACAAGCCUAUAGAUCUAAAGCAUUUAAUUUUUGAUGAAUAUAAACUAAACUAAUAUAAAGAUUUUUUCAAGCAACGGUUAAAGAAUAAGCUGGUUGAUUAAAAAUAAAGUCAAAUGUAAUGACUAGAAUACAUUAUACCAUGUUUAAUAAUUGCUUGAGAAGCGCUGAUUAUUUAUUUCUCCGCAGUCCAUACUCAGUUGAAUACAGUUACAAGUAAGAAAGCUACAGUCGAGAGUGCUCUACUGUGAGAUACUCGCCACUACCCAUUUUGAAUAAAAGCAAUAUAUUGAUGUAUUAAUUUUAUAAAAUACCAAAUUAAUAUACCACAAAAAUACUAAAAAUACAAACGGAUACUACAUUUAAAAUAUAUAUAGUAUAUAGAGUGCAAAAUGAGCCAGAUUGUCAGCUAAAGCAGCUAAGACCCGAUUGAAGUAGACGUUUUUAAUUAAUUAAUUUAAUUUGAUCGCAACCGAACUUUCAGGAAUAAUAAAGACUGCAGAUAUUAUUAUAUGUACCAAAAUUAGAUUAGAAUUUCGGUAUACUUUAAGAAUAUGGUUUUAUUGAAAAUAAGAAACAAGUAUCUGUUCGGCUACAUCGAUUUAUUCAGCUCGAUUUAUUCAGCAAUUAGUCAGUUAUGAAAAUGGAGGAGAAUCCCUGGAUCAAUCCCAUUGCUGAGCAGUAUUUGCUGGGCAUUAGCCAUGUCAUUGAAUACCUCAAGACCGAAACAUACAAAAUCAUCUACAAUCGUCAUAUGCAGGCAGGACGCAGUGGGCCACCGCCGCCAAAGGCUGACAAGAGCAAGAAGGCAUCCCGAGUGCGUGCCUAAGGACUUCUUGAUCCUGGAAAUGAUCCUUGUCUUGUCCAUCUGUCAAGAGGCAGCUCUUUGUGUUUUCGUUUUAACCAAAAAAACUAGAUGUGUUUUGUAUACUAAUUUUUAAGUAUUUUGUACAUUAAUAUUUAACUGUGAAAGUGCCUUAAAUUGUUUGCUAACAAAUGUGAAUAAAUACUAUUUUGGA